AUGGGGACCUCCCUGGACAUUAAGAUUAAGAGAGCGAACAAGGUCUAUCACGCCGGGGAGAUGCUUUCGGGCGUGGUGGUGGUCAGCGGGAAGGACCCCGUGCAGCACCAGGGCCUGUUCCUGACCGUGGAAGGCACCGUGAACCUGCAGCUCAGCGCCAAGAGCGUGGGCGUGUUCGAAGCUUUCUACAACUCCGUGAAGCCCAUCCAGAUCAUCAACAGCACCAUCGAGAUGGUGAAGCCCGGCAAGUUCCCCGGCGGCAGGACCGAGAUCCCCUUUGAGUUCCCGCUGCUCGUGAAGGGCAACAAGGUGCUGUACGAGACCUACCACGGCGUGUUCGUCAACAUCCAGUACACGCUGCGCUGCGACAUGAAGCGCUCGCUGCUGGCGAAGGACCUGAGCAAGACCUGCGAGUUCAUCGUGCACUCGGCGCCUCAGAAGGGGAAGCUGACUCCGAGCCCCGUGGACUUCACCAUCACACCCGAAACCCUACAGAACGUCAAAGAGAGAGCCCUGCUCCCCAAGUUCCUGGUCCGCGGGCACCUCACCUCCACCAACUGCGCCGUCACGCAGCCGCUCACGGGCGAGCUGGUGGUGGAGAGCUCGGAGGCCGCCGUGCGCAGCAUCGAGCUGCAGCUGGUGCGCGUGGAGACCUGCGGCUGUGCGGAAGGCUACGCCCGGGACGCCACGGAGAUUCAGAACAUCCAGAUCGCCGACGGGGACGUCUGCCGGGGCCUCUCAGUGCCCAUCUACAUGGUCUUCCCCCGGCUGUUCACCUGCCCCACGCUGGAGACCACCAACUUCAAAGUGGAAUUUGAGGUGAACGUCGUGGUGCUGCUUCAGGGCGACCACCUCAUCACCGAGAACUUCCCGCUGAAGCUCUGCCGCAUGUAG